AUGUGUUGGAUAUGGAUGCUGCUUUAUUUCAAUAUUCCUGCUCCUUGUAGCGACUCUAACUCGGAUGAAUCGUUAACCCGGAACAAGCGAAUUCCAAAACCUGCAGCUACAUUCCUGGUUCAUCCUUCAGAUGUGAAACCAACUGAGGACAUCACCAACCUGCCGGAAUUGAGCACUCGUAAUCUGGCAGAUUAUAUCGGGACACUAACUGACAACACACCUGAAAACGCUCUUCAAGGACUAAAAUUCUUGGCAGAAUACGGAAUAAUCGAGAAUGAUCGGACAUGCGUCAAAUGCCUUUCUGGGAUGAAUCUAAAUCAGGAUUCAAAGAUUAUUCACGAUAAACAUGUUUGGAGAUGCCUACCAUGCAGGAGGAACAAGGAAUCAUCAAAAAUCUCAAUGCGAGCUGGAUCGUUUUUUGAAAAUCUAAAGCUGACAGUUGUGGAAGUCUUCUAUUUAGCGGCGGAAUGGAUUGAAAAUCCUUCCAAGACUGUGGCAGAAGUCAGCAAGCAAUUUGGAAUAAGUCAUACUACCGUUGUUGAAGUGCAGGAGUGGUUCAGGCAAAUGACGAAACAAUGGUUCAAAAGAGAAAGCGAAGCAAAUCCCAAUAUGAAAUUAGGAGGACCGGGGAAAAUAGUUGAAAUUGACGAAACAUGUGUCUAUCGAGCAAAACAUCACAGGGGCCGUAUGUUGAGAAGAAAGACAAAGUGGGUUUUUGGGAUGAUCGAAAGAGGAUCGUCCAAGGUAGUAAUGUUUCGAGUGCCAAACAGAUCUGCAGCUACCCUUCUCCCUAUUGUUGCUAAAUACGUAGAGCCAGGCUCCAAAAUUAUUUCCGAUGGGUGGGCUGCCUACACUGGGCUGAGCGCAAUGCAGUUCGACCAUCAUUGGGUCAACCAUAAAAUUAACUUUGUUGACCCUAACGACCGCACCAUUCACACACAAACGAUCGAAUCCACUUGGAAUGCACUCAAGACUCAACUGAAAGCCCGAUAUGGAACGCCUGAAGAGCGCCUCGACGGGCAUAUGUAUAAUUACAUGUGGAGGAGAUAUUACAACAAACAGAAAUUGUUGAACAGGCUUAUUUACGAAAUGAAAUUUUAUAAACGUAAAAGCAGAGAAGAAGAUGACAAUGAAGAAUUCACUGACUCCGAAGAAGACGACGACGACGACAUCGACGACGAUGACGACGACGACGACGACAAUAUCAAUGAUAGCACAAUGAUAGCACAACCUACCAGCACUCCAUUUGUCACUUCAACUGUGUCACAUUUGCCUUACUCUGCUACCCCUCACCGACGACGCGGUCAUCAUAAAUCAACUCCUCAGCCUGCAAGGAUAUCUUCUACAUUGGCGACGGACGAUGCUGCGUCUCCAUCCUCGAUACCAUCAACGAACACGCCGUCAACGACUCCUGUAUUCACAUCUACUACAUUCACACCUUUCUCUACAUCAAGCAGACGCCGUGGCCACAGAUCAUCCACUACUCCUACAGCUAGCACUUAUCCUUCGACUAAUAUGGCUGCGUCACCAUCACCAGCAGUUACGCCAUCUACUGCUGAGUCACCUGUGAACAUCCGCUGUUCCCUCAGUCACAACCUCCUUUUCUACGACUCCAUCGUUGUCUUCUUCCACAUUCUCUCUUCCGCCAACAUCUGCGACAACACUAUCUACAUCAAACUUACUCUCUCCUACAACAAGACGAAGUGGCUACAGAUCAUCUACUGUAUCUACACCUACUAUCACAACUCGAUUGUCGUUUAUAUCUACACCCACUGUUUCGUCUACAGCUUUUACAGCCACAACUACUGCGUCUACAUUUACUGCCCCUCUGUCAUCCACUGCAACGUCAAAAGUUACACCAACAGCCACGACGCCUUCCCAAACAACUACAAUCAAACGAGGUGGACGCAGAACAUCUAA